AUGAGCGACAUAUAUCAGCAACAACAGGACCAGGAACAACAACCACAGACAGACCUCCCGCCACCGGCUGCUGUUGGGUCUGAUCCGCUGCCGUCCAUCGACGAGGAGGGGCUAGCCCCAGCUUCCCCCCGCCCUGCCGCCGUUGAGAGUAUCAUAUCACAAGUCGCAAAAUGGGUCGACACAACCUCGGGCCUACAUCUCAAGGAAAACCACCAGUUCUGGGUCAAAGACUCCAACAUAGCAGAGAAUCUCUUCACCAUCCACCGCAGCACCAAACACCUGCUAGAUUUCACCAGCUCCAUAAUAGGCAACCAUGAGUCCUUUAUGGGCCAGCGCCCCGUUCCAGUAAUGAGCGACGGGGACAUACUCUUUAUGACGCAGCUUUCCAGUGACAUCUCCCGGGGCGUCGGAAGCAUCUCCGCCAUCAGGCACCACGGCCUGCGGGCGGCGAGGAAGCGCAAGACCCGGCCCGACAGCAGCCACCGCGACGACACCUACAAGCGCCUUCACUCCGGCUCGAGAUCCUUACAUCACCACCACUCACGGCACCACCACGAUCACCACCGCUCUCACUCGCACAGGGCCGGCAGCAGCAACAGCGAGGCGGAAGGGGCCACGUCCUGCUGGAAGUGCGGGCGAACCGAUACCCCGGAAUGGCGCAAGGGCCCGGACGGCGAGAUUCUGUGUAAUGCAUGCGGUCUAGUCUAUGCCAAGCAGAGGCGGAAAAGCAAGGGGAAAGCCACGCAUCACUCGCAUCACUCUCACCAUUCGCACCAUUCGCAAUCGGGGCCAACAUGA